AUGAUGGUAUCGAGGGGGCUUUUCGGGUGGUCUCCACCUCAUGUGCAGCCUUUAACGCCGGUAUCUGAGGUUUCUGAGCCGCCGGAGUCGCCGUCUCCGUAUAUGGACAUCGGAGGAGAGACUUCCGCGUCGCAGCAAAUGGAGGCGGAGGAGGAGAUGGAAGAGAUGGAGGAUAUUGAGCCUCCGCCUGCUGCCGUUCCUUUCUCUGGCCUCUUUGCUUGUGCUGAUAAGUUCGACUGGUUUCUUAUGGUGGUUGGCUCCAUCGCCGCGGCGGCUCACGGCACUGCGCUUGUUGUUUACUUGCACUACUUUGCUAAAGUUAUUCAGGUUCCUCAGCAGGAGGAUCAGUUUCAUAGGUUCAAGGAGCUUGCUUUGACCAUUGUUUAUAUUGCUGGUGGUGUUUUUGUUGCUGGUUGGAUUGAGGUUUCAUGCUGGAUUCUUACCGGAGAACGACAGACAGCAGUUAUCAGAUCAAAAUAUGUUAGAGUAUUACUUAACCAAGAUAUGAGUUUCUUUGAUACUUAUGGGAAUAAUGGAGACAUUGUGAGUCAAGUAUUGAGUGAUGUCCUGCUCAUUCAGUCUGCUCUCAGUGAAAAAGUCGGGAAUUAUAUUCAUAAUAUGGCUACAUUCUUCAGUGGUCUUGUUAUUGCUUUUAUCAAUUGUUGGCAGAUUGCAUUGAUAACAUUAGCUACAGGUCCAUUUAUUGUUGCUGCAGGAGGAAUAUCAAAUAUAUUCCUUCACAGGCUUGCAGAGAACAUCCAAGAUGCAUAUGCAGAAGCAGCCAGCAUUGCUGAACAGGCAGUCUCCUAUAUACGGACCUUGUCUGCAUUUACAAAUGAAACAUUGGCUAAAUAUUCAUAUGCAACGUCACUGCAAGCAACUCUUAGAUAUGGUAUAUUAAUAAGUCUUGUCCAAGGGCUUGGACUUGGAUUUACAUACGGGCUUGCAAUAUGUUCUUGUGCAUUACAACUCUGGGUUGGUAGGCUCUUGGUUAUACAUGGAAAAGCUCAUGGUGGGGAAAUUAUAACAGCUCUGUUUGCUGUGAUUCUAAGUGGCUUGGGAUUAAACCAAGCGGCCACAAAUUUCUACUCAUUUGAUCAAGGGCGAAUAGCUGCAUAUAGACUAUACGAGAUGAUAAGCCGGUCAUCGUCAUCUUUUGAUCAUGAUGGAAGUGCUCCUGUGGCUGUGCAAGGAAAUAUAGAGUUUCGGAAUGUUUACUUCAGUUAUCUUUCACGCCCUGAAAUCCCUAUCUUAAGUGGGUUUUAUCUCACUGUUCCUGCUAAGAAAACUGUGGCACUUGUUGGCAGAAAUGGAUCUGGUAAAAGUAGUAUUAUUCCACUCAUGGAGCGGUUCUAUGAUCCAACAUUAGGAGAAGUUCUUUUAGAUGGUGAAAACAUCAAGAAUUUGAAACUGGAAUGGUUGAGGAGUCAAAUAGGACUGGUAACACAGGAACCUGCUUUGCUCAGUUUGAGUAUAAGAGACAACAUUGCAUAUGGGAGGGAUACCACGGCCGAUCAAAUUGAAGAGGCUGCUAAAAUAGCUCACGCACAUACUUUUAUCAGUUCAUUAGAUAAAGGUUAUGAUACACAGAUUGGCAGGGCUGGUUUAACUUUGACAGAAGAACAGAAAAUAAAGCUUUCUAUUGCAAGAGCAGUGCUCCUAAAUCCAUCCAUUCUCUUGCUUGAUGAGGUUACUGGGGGACUUGAUUUUGAGGCUGAGAGGUCUGUUCAGGAGGCUCUGGAUCUCCUUAUGCUGGGGCGCUCGACAAUAAUAAUUGCUCGAAGGCUUAGUCUCAUAAAGAACGCUGAUUAUAUAGCAGUUAUGGAGGAAGGUCAACUUGUUGAAAUGGGUACUCAUGAUGAAUUAUUGACCCUGGGUGGCUUAUAUGCAGAGCUUCUUCGAUGUGAAGAGGCCACAAAACUUCCAAAGAGAAUGCCUGCUCGCAACUACAAGAAGACUGCGGCUUUCCAAAUUGAGAAAGAUUCUUCAGAGAGUCAUAGCUGCAAAGAACCAUCAUCCCCUAGAAUGAUGAAGUCACCCUCUCUUCAAAGAAUUUCUACUGUAUUUCGGCCUCCAGAUGGCUUCUUUAACUUACAAGAAUCACCACAUGUGCAGAGCCCACCACCUGAGAAGAUGAUGGAAAAUGGUCAGUCUCUGGAUUCAACAGAGAAAGAACCAUCAAUUAAAAGGCAGGAUAGCUUUGAAAUGAGACUUCCCGAGUUACCCAAGAUUGAUGUCCACUCAGUGCAUCGACAAACAUCAAAUGGUUCUGACCCUGAAUCCCCUAUUUCACCUCUUUUAACAUCUGAUCCUAAAAACGAACGCUCCCAUUCACAAACAUUUAGCAGACCAGAUAGUUAUUCUGAUGAAUUUUCAGUGAAAAUGAAUGAAACAAAGGAUUCACGGCAUCGACAUCAACCCUCAUUUUGGAGACUGGCAGAACUUAGUUUUGCUGAGUGGCUUUAUGCUGUGUUAGGAAGCAUAGGUGCUGCAAUCUUUGGUGCGUUCAAUCCCAUUCUUGCUUAUGUUAUUGGCCUAGUGGUGACAACCUACUAUAGAAUUGAUGGAACUCAUCACUUACGGGGCGAGAUUGACAAGUGGUGCCUGAUCAUUGCCUGCAUGGGUAUUGUGACAGUUGUUGCCAACUUUUUACAGCAUUUCUACUUUGGUAUAAUGGGGGAGAAAAUGACCGAAAGAGUCAGGAGAAUGAUGUUUUCAGCCAUGCUACGUAAUGAAAUUGGAUGGUACGAUGAAGAGGAAAACAGUGCCGACAAUUUAUCCAUGCGUUUGGCCAAUGAUGCUACUUUUGUGAGAGCUGCUUUCAGUAACCGGCUUUCCAUAUUUAUACAGGACAUUGCCGCAGUUAUUGUUGCUUUUCUCAUUGGUGUUUCGCUGCACUGGAGAAUAGCUCUCGUGGCUUUGGCAACACUUCCGAUUCUCUGUGUUUCUGCUAUUGCCCAGAAAUUAUGGCUUGCUGGGUUUUCAAGGGGCAUACAGGAAAUGCACCGAAAAGCAUCUUUGGUUCUUGAAGAUGCAGUUAGAAAUAUUUACACUGUUGUUGCAUUUUGUGCUGGUAAUAAGGUAAUGGAGCUCUACAGGCUGCAGUUAAAUAAAAUAUUUAAGCAGAGCUUUCUUCAUGGAUUGGCUAUUGGUUUUGCAUUUGGCUUUUCACAGUUUCUACUUUUUGCUUGUAACGCCCUUCUACUCUGGUACACUGCAAUAUGUAUAAAAAAUAGUUAUGUAGAUGCACCUACUGCCCUCAAGGAGUACAUUGUUUUCUCAUUUGCUACAUUUGCACUUGUGGAGCCUUUUGGAUUGGCUCCUUACAUACUCAAGCGACGAAAAUCUCUCAUUUCAGUGUUUGAAAUUAUAGAUCGGGUGCCUAAAAUUGACCCUGAUGAAAGCUCAGCUUUGAAGCCACCCAAUGUAUAUGGAAGCAUUGAGUUGAAAAAUGUUGAUUUUUGUUAUCCUACUCGGCCAGAAGUGCUGGUAUUAAGCAAUUUCAGUCUCAAAGUCAGUGGGGGUCAAACAAUUGCUGUAGUGGGAGUUUCAGGGUCAGGAAAGAGCACUAUAAUAUCUUUGAUGGAGAGGUAUUAUGAUCCAGUUGCUGGCCAAGUUUUAUUGGAUGGGAGGGAUUUAAAAUUAUAUAACCUUAAAUGGCUUAGGAGCCACCUUGGUUUGGUACAGCAGGAACCAGUAAUCUUCUCAACAACCAUACGGGAAAACAUCAUAUACGCCAGACAUAAUGCCAGUGAAGCUGAAAUAAAAGAGGCCGCGAGAAUAGCAAAUGCUCAUCAUUUCAUCAGUAGUCUGCCUCAUGGUUAUGACACUCAUGUUGGAAUGAGAGGUGUUGACCUAACUCCAGGACAGAAACAGAGAAUUGCAAUUGCUAGGGUAGUGUUGAAAAAUGCACCUAUCUUGUUGUUGGAUGAAGCUAGCUCAUCAAUUGAAUCAGAGUCUAGCCGAGUAGUGCAAGAGGCUCUAGACACUCUAAUAAUGGGAAACAAGACCACUAUUUUAAUAGCUCACAGGGCUGCCAUGAUGAGGCAUGUGGACAAUAUAGUUGUACUUAAUGGAGGACGGAUAGUGGAAGAGGGGACUCAUGAUUCAUUGGUGGCUAAGAAUGGUCUGUAUGUCCGAUUAAUGCAACCUCAUUUUGGCAAGGGCUUGCGUCAGCAUCGGCUUCUUUAG